UACCUCAUAAAAUUUAACAAUUUAGUUGUUGCAUGUAAUAACAUAAUUUAGUUCCAUAAGUAUCGAUCAAAUAAUCGCAGUCGCGUGGCUAUUAUAUCCUUUAAAGAUAUUGUGGACCGCCAGUCACCGUUCUCAAUUAUUGACAAAAUGUUUAGCUUAGUAAUUUCCUACUUAGUCUUCACUCUAAAUCUGCCAUUUUGUUAAACAAAUCUGACAUGAGUUUGCUCUUUUAAAUUAUUUCAAUCUUUGAUAAAAAAUCGAUACUUUAUUUCAAUUUCUUCAGUGAAAAGUGAUUUAUCCUUUUUAAAUGAAAUAAAUUAAAAAAAUGUCAACAGAUCAGUCGGAUUCACGCGGAAGCGCCCAAAGUCCAGGACUAGUAAAAAAGCUGAAGGAAAAACCUCCCUUCAAGCUUUGCUUCCCGAAGCAGCAGAUGGUCGGUCAAUCGGGCACUCGAUACUCCAGAGUAGACGGUGUGAUUAAAUUUCCAGCAGAUAUGAUCACGCCGAAAUUUUACUCACGUCAGGACUAUGAAGAUGUCACCAUUGAUGACGUUAUUGAUCAAGUUAACGCGCGGAUUGAACAAGAGCGCAAAGGACCCCGAGAUCUUUACCGAUAUCCAAUUUUAUCUAGUCAAAGCUAUGGAUGGUGGUAUGAUCCUAAAACUUGUUCCAAGGAUCCAAGAUUUAACUUUCAUAAACAUACUUCAGAUAUGGUCCAGUCAAAUGCUAUAAUUCAAUAUGAGGAUCGAAAACUUCCUGGUCUAUGUUAAUUUAUUUUCAAAAUAAAUUAUAUUUGUUAUUAUUGUUA